UCUUGUCAAUUGCCGCCCGUAAAAAGCCCUCGCCGCAACAUGCGGUCUAUACUAGGUCGGAUUCCGCCCAUUCCCUCUCGUCAACGACUACAACAAUGGGGGAGUAGUAGUCGCCUCGAGUCCGGCUUCCCUGCUGCACCGUCAUUAGUACUUUCUAUGGUACAAGCGGGCCCAGGGCGGCGGCGGCGACAGUUCCAGACCGGAGCAGCGCCGCCGGCGCACUACGACUACAACACGAGCACGAGCACGAGCACGAGGAAUGUUGCAUUGAGUGCUCCGACGGCGGGCCAAACCCGGUGGUUCAGCAGCAUCAAUGCGCGUCUGCAGUCCAAAGGUCCGCGGCAAGAAUUGGAGCGGUUAGAGAUCAAGGAUGCGAAGCCGGAGGAGGACGAGGAAGGGGUCUGUUCGUCCAAGGCCCAGAAGGGGGAAGACAAACUUGGGCAGGCCAUGACAAAGGGAAAACUGUUGACUACGCCGUCACGAUUGUUUAAGCUGCUUCUUCCGUUGUCGACCAAAUACCACCGUGAUCAUAAGGACAUCGAACCCAUCGCUUUUCUCAUCCACCCUCAGCAACCACUUUCGCACCUGGAACGCCUCAUUCAAGCCGAGAUCCCGCUCAUCAAGACGAAGGACGGACAAGCCCGAGCCCCGUCCGUCUCCUUCAUCGCGCUCCAACUCGAGGACAACCCGAUCCGGCCGCGGAAGGCGCUCUACGAGGGGACCGAGGCCGAAGUGCGCAAGCUGGAGGAACUCGGACAGGUUAAAGAGGAGAAGAAGCCCUCGGACGACGACACGUACACGUACCUGCGACGCAGCGAGCCCGGCGGCGGCGAGAAGUCCAUGGAGCAUCGCUUUGUGCGGUGGUCGCAAUCCACCGAGGUGGGCGAUUUCAUCCGCGACGCCGCGCGCGCGCGGGAGUUCAUCGUCUCGGUCGAAAGCGCGCCGGCGGGCCAGCACCAGAUCCACGUGGCGGUGCCCUCGUUCAACGAGCGCACGCACUUCCUGCGCAUGCGGCUGCGGAAGAUUUCCGACCGGAUCAAGAACAUCGCGGACAUCAAGCAUGAAUGUGACGCCUUGGCGCACCGCGGGGCGCAGCGCGUGGCCAUGGGCGGGUUCGGCGUGCUGGCGUUCUGGUGGUGCCUCGUGUACAAACUCACCUUCGAGACCGACCUGGGCUGGGAUACGAUGGAGCCCGUCACCUACCUGGUCAGUUUGUCAACGCUGAUGGGUGGCUAUCUGUGGUUCCUCUAUCACAACCGGGAAAUCUCGUACCGGUCGGCCCUCGACUUCACCAUCAAUGCGCGCCAGAAGAAGCUCUACGAGAGGAAAGGGGUGGAUUUGCGGCUGUGGGAAUCGCUCAUCGACGAGGGCAAUUCGCUCCGCAAGGAAAUCAAGUCCAUUGCUGCCGAGUACGACGAGGACUGGGACGAGCUGAAAGAUGAGCGUGACCAGCGCGUGACGGAAGCUUUGAAACAGGAGCGCGCGCAGAAGAACGGCUCUCGACAGAAUGACAAUGAUGCAGACGAUUAAUUGAUUGUCGGGGUUGGGAGGUUCGAAAAAGUCUAUUCUAGGCUAAACCGCCCUCGUCCUUUCGAACCUGAUCGAUCAUCUCUUCCAUCUUCAUUGCUCACUCCGCAUAACUUUCGCUAAUUGACCACACCUUCACCCGUUCCGCACCGGAUCAUAAUAUUCCUUCUUGCCCGAGACACCGCUGUUCGUCUGACUCUGCGGUUGUGGUUGUCUCUGUGGCGACUUUGAGCGACCUAGAUAUUCUGUUAAUAUUCGUUUGUUUGGUUUGGUUUUCCAAUUGUGUACAGGAUAAAAUGUAUAUAGUUUUGACUCCGCACAUAGACAUGUAUGUAU